AUGCAAUUCAAAUCCCUGCUUCUCCUAGCGGGAGCAACUAUCCUCUCACCAUAUCUCGUUGAAGCUCAAACUUACACCAUCUGCAAUCCUCUCAACGGAACAUGUCCCAAUGAUCCAGCUUUGGGUACGAAUCAUACCUUCAUUUUCAAUACAUCAUCUACAGUUACCGAUUACUACAAUAUUACCGCUGGAUCUCUUACAUAUGGCGACGAUGGAGCAGAAUUUACCAUCUCAAAACAAGGAGAAUCACCUACUAUCCAGUCCAAGUUCUUCAUCUUCUUCGGCUCAGUAUCCGUGAUUAUGAAGGCUGCAACUGGAGUAGGAGUUGUGUCGAGUAUUGUGUUGGAAAGUGACGAUUUGGAUGAAGUGGAUUGGGAAUUUAUUGGAGGUAACGAUACUCAUGCCGAGACCAAUUAUUUUGGAAAAGGAAAUACUACGUCCUACGAUCGAGCCAUUUGGUACCCAACUCCUGCGGACCCAACCGCAAACUUUUACAACUACACUGUCGACUGGACCGCCGAGAGGAUUGAAUGGUGGAUUGAUGAUAGUCUCGUUCGAACACUCGCAUAUGCCGAUGCGGUGGAUGGCAAGAACUUCCCACAAACUCCCAUGUCGGUUCGAUUAGGAAUCUGGUCCGGUGGUGACCCUAAGGGAAAUAGUAUAGGAACCAUCGAAUGGGCUGGUGGAGAAACCGACUUCACCAAAGUUCCAUUUACCAUGUAUGUGAAAAGUGCCACUAUUCAGGACUACAGCACCGGCUCGGCAUAUGAAUGGGGUGAUAGGACAGGAGAUUGGCAAUCCAUCAAAGUAAUCACCGGUAAUUCCACCGUCGCGAAAACCAUCACCAAAAAUGCCACCCCCACACUCUCCCUCGGCGAAAAAUGGGACAACCUUUCCAAAACCACCAAACUCGCCGUUUACUGCGGAGGCGGUGCUGCAGUCGCUGCGCUCGUCUCUGUCUUCCUCUUCACCUUCUUCCGUCAACGCCGCAACGGCCGCCUCGAACGCGAAGCCUACAACCACCUGAUUGAAAAGCAACAACAAGAAGCCUACCAAGACCAAAUGGAACUUCACAACAAGGGAAUUGGCGGAUGGGAUAAAAAUGCCUAUGCCAAUCAAGGCGGAGAUGCGCUCGGGGGAUGGGAAGAUAACCAUGGCAGCGGGUACGUGGGACCAAAUGGGAGUGCGAGUGCCAUGGCAGCAGGUGGGGUGGGAAGCCCCAUGGUGCAGGCGGGUCAGCAUAAUCCGAGAAGUCCGACGAUGGUCAUGCGUGAUGGUGAUGGUGAUGGACCGAUGAGUCCGCAGAGUGCAGAGUUUGAUAUGAAACUUGCGCAGCCGAGAUUUGGGGGUAGUGCUAAUGGGGGGUCGUAUAUGAAGAUGUGA